UAAUCACUUCCCGAACACCCAGCUACCAGUCAGCAGUGGAACGAUCAUCGCAUAGCAAGGUAGGGAGUCUCUGGAGGUCUCUUGAUGUCUCAUGCUCUCUGGCAGGAUUGCUCUUAACCACCUUGUGCCUGAUGGCCCAAUGAACUGUGUCCACCCGGAACGGGCGGCCAAUGCGACAUCUUUUAUUCCUGUGUCCCUGCGUGAUCGGGGUCGCCUUCCAUCUCUGGCUGUUUAACUUCUCAGGUUUAUUUUCUUGGUUUCUUGUAUGGAGUCCACAUAGUUAUGAUAUUGUUGUGGGUGUGUUAUCAGCUCGACAUAAUCAUGAACUGCGAAAUGUCAUACGACACACAUGGCUUCAGCACUUAAAUCAUCAUUCAUCAUUAAGUCAACGUGUCCUUGUUAAAUUCAUAAUAGGAUCUCAUGGGUGUGACAUACCUGUAGAAGAUAGAGAAGAUCCUUAUUCCUGCAAACUCCUAAACAUCACAAACCCAACACUGAAACAGGAAAUUGAAUCAUUUAGUAUCCCAGAUAGCGCUGCUGUAAUCACAGAACACCAUGUUGUCAAUGUAAACUUCCGUGUCCUGUACCCAGUGGUAAUUACCAGAUUGGGGGUUUUUCAGCAUGACAGUGCUGCAGGAUUCCAGAGAAAUAUAACUGUCAAACUUUUCCAAACCGAACAUGAGGAAGCACUCUUUAGUGCCCGUUUUAGUCCUGCUAGUUCUGGUGUACAAGUAAACGGAAUAUGGUACAAACCUGUGGAACAGUUCAUAUUACCGGAGGGCUUUGAAGGGACUGUAGUAUGGGAGAGCCAUGACCCAGAAGGUCUACUUUCAGGAAAUGUGCACCAUGUUAUUGUAAAUGAUGGAGGUGGGAUAUUUAGACUUACAACAGUUAAAGAGGGUUUGUUGCCUUAUGAAUUUACAGAAGGUGUCGAGGGCAUUGCAGGAGGAUUUACCUAUACUAUUCAUGAGGGUGAGACACUUUUAAAUACUCUAGAGACACGCCCAGAAAGAAUACAGAAUCAUUUAGCUGCACUAGAAAAAGAAGAUGCCUUAUUACAGGAGGAAAGCACAACUUUUCAAGAUAUUGUUUUUGUCAACGUUGUUGACACGUACAGAAAUGUUCCUUCUAAGCUACUAAAUUUCUAUCGAUGGACUGUACAAUUAACAAGAUUUGAGUUUUUGCUGAAGACUGAUGAUGACUGCUUCAUUGACAUUGACAAUGUGUUAAAGAUGGUUGCUCAAAAGGAGCUACAGAAGGAAAAUGCUUGGUGGGGAAAUUUUAGGUUAAAUUGGGCCGUUGAUCGGACUGGAAAAUGGCAGGAAUUGGAAUAUCUUAGUCCAGCCUACCCUGCAUUUGCCUGUGGUUCUGGGUACAUUAUUUCAAAUGAUAUUGUCCAGUGGCUUGCAGUCAAUUCUCAACGACUGAAAACUUACCAGCCUCUGUCCCUCUCCAGUCUUGCUCCACCUCACUCCCUUUGCGACUCUCCGAUCUCACUUCACCUGCUGCUCCCAACAUCCAUCCAUCAAUCAAUCUCCAGUCUCACUCCUUCUGCUCCUCCUCCCCUUGUUCUUUCUCUGGUCUUGCUUCGUCUGUUGCCCCUACAUGGAAACCAAUUAAGGAAAUCAUCAGCAAUCUCCUAAGCACAUGGAUUGCAGCUCCUCCCGGUAUGUUCAUUACCCAUUCAAACAGGCUCUAUUUACUCCUCCAUCCUGGCUGCAUAUCUAGCUCAGAUCUCCCCCUAUUACGUAACUUAGCCUAGAUGGUGACAAGGAGGCAGUCUGUGGGGAUCUCUCAUAAAUCCUACAGUAUCUUUAACACGUGUGGAGUCCAGGGUGUAGGAUGGCAUGGACAUCACAUGAGGUUGCAAAAAGGAGUCAAAAAAGGAGGGAAACUGGUUGAUAGAGAGAACCUACCGCUGAGAUGAUCGGUCUAAUAGGAGGUGCUGAUUGGGAUUUGUGGAUCUUCGGUAGCGUAUAUAGGAUUGGAGUCUGUGGGUAUUCAGUGGUCAUGUAGUUAUAGGUGUCAUUGUUAAUCCAUCCCGCACUGUGUGCCAUAAGUAUACAACAGUCCAGUUCACAUUUGAACUUUAAAGUAGGGUCACAUGUGAGAGGUUAGUAAAUAGAUGAGUCAGAAAGCUGUGAAAGAAUUUCAUCACGGUAAAAUUUGUAAUCCAGUAACACGAUUGUGCCACCUUUUGUCUUUUGUUAUUUUUAAAACACCCAAUAGCCCCGGGCUCCGCUUUACAGAGAUUAGGAAACCCCUGAGUAUUUUGGGUAAUUUUUGCGGCUUCCUUGUUCAGUACCUUGGUAAAAGUACGAAUGGCAGAUGGUGUAUUGUUCGGGUCCAAGUAGCUUUUGGCCCUAAAACGGGGAGCAGUCUUGGAUACAGUGUCACAAAAGUUUUUUUGUUUUUUUUUUGGUAUCGGUGUAUAUCGAUAAGGAAGUUGAAGGUGUCAGGUUUCUGGUGAGGUACAAAGGUAAGACCCUUGUUUAGUAGUGAAACCUCACCAGACGUGAGCACAUGGUGGCUCAAGUUAAAAAUUGCAUUCUCCUGGCUCAGUGUGGUUUGCCUUUUACGUUUGUGCCCACCCCGUCUGGUAUGUCUGCGCUGUCUUUCCCUGACCAGUCAACCGACUCAGACUCUGGUUCCACACUCCAAGAAAGAUACGGACAAAGGGAAAGACUGCGCAGGCAUACCAGUAACGUAAAAAGCAAACCACCCGAGCCAGGAGAAUGUGAUUUUUAACUUGAGCCACCAUGUAUUGUUCAUGGCUAUGAUCUCCCCAAGUAUUUUUCAUGCCUGUAAAAAGAUGUACUUCACACCUCAGACCUAGACUGUAAGUGACUGCAUUGUUCACCUCAUCAAACCUCAGACAAGCUGCUAGAGUAUUUAUGAACACAACUGUACAUAUCAUACUAUGCUCCCUGCAUGUUUGCCAUACUCUGGCUGUCCUACACUGCCUGUGUGCCAUACUUUAUGGUGUAUGGCUGAGAUUCUAGAUAUGUUUAUAACACAACAUUAUUUCACAGCUCAUCUCUGACCCCAUUAUAAACAACUGUGCAGGGGGAGGGUUAAACAUAUUAAUGGAACGGAUGUCACAUUGUUACUGCAAUCCCCAUAAUUCAUUGCAAAUGGCAGGCUACUGAUUGGCGUGAUUAGCUCCUCCAGGGGGAUGCAGAUCUUAAGUCAUGCCAGGGGGAGGACUUUGUCAGGAAGUAGGAACAUUCUGGGAGCUGACAAUGAUGACACUUUGUCAAUGCUGCUUUUCAGUUUGUCUGCAUGGGAUUAGCAAAAGAUUAGUUAAGGAUGCAGAGGUGAGAUAAAGCUAUCGUUUCAUUAUGUAAUAGGUUUAACUCUGAAAAAAACACUAUUACUUUUUUAUUGUUAACUUUACUGUGUAAUACUUUAUAUAUCUCAUGACAGUUCUCCUUUAAAUGAGGUUGUUGAUGCCUCGUGGAUCAGCAAGUUACAGGAUAUGUAAACCAUGAAAACAAAUGAAUGUAAUUUAUUUUGCUCUUCUAACCACUUUUACCAUGUAGGAAACUCAAUGUCUUGUAGUAAAGAUCUUUUUC